CUGGAUGUGGACGGCAAUGGCUGCGCCACGGUGGCGGAAAUUCGCCUGCUGUUCGCCCAGAUGGAGGCCUCCCUCCGCGGCAAGGGCGAGGAGGACCCAGCUCCCGACCUUGAGGUGUUUCAGGGCACCUUGUUCGACAGCUACGGCGUGGACCUCGAGGAGUACGACGUGAGCGUGCAGCACGACGUCGAUGGCGACGUGAAGAUGCUACACGAUGGCCUGGGGCUCCCCGCUGUGCCUGUAUUCCCCCUCCUGGAGGACGAGUCGGCGGUGAGCGCGGCCUUUGCGGACAUUGGCACGCAGACGGAGAGCGACGGCGACGACACGGGCAUCCUCGAGGGCAGCGACCUUCAGGACACCGUGUCCGAUCUCGGCGGCGCCGUCAGCGAGAUCAUGGAGCUCAAAGCCACGGCCUGGGGCUGGAAGCACGCGUUCGACAAGCUGGCGGCCUGGCACGGCAUCAACGAGAUGGAGGCGCCCGGGGUCUCAAAGCAGUUCCAGGCGUCGGUCGAGGACAUGCUGGGAGCCCAGAGCGACACGGACAGCGACGGCAAUGGUGAGAAGUACAACGACGGCGAUGACAGGCGUUUUUUUCGCGAAAAAAAGGAGGUCUCUAAGCAGGUUCAGACGUGGGUCGAGGACGUGCUGGGGAUUUUCAGCAAGGGUGACAGCGACGGCACCGAUGGCGCUGACAUCGGAGCGGAGUUCGAGGCCUCAAAGCAGGUUCACGCGUCGGCCGAGGACAUGCUGGGGCCCCAGAGCGACAUGGACAGCGACGACAGUGCUGCGAAGGGCAGCGACGGCGAUGUCAUCGCAACGGAGUUCGAGGUCUCAGAGCAGGCGCAGACGUCGGUCGAGGACUUGCUGGGGCCCGACAACAAGAAUGACAGCGACGGCAUGGGUGAGCAGAGCAGCGACCGCGUGGGCCAGGGCUCGGAGUGCCUCUUCUUCAGCAUCCUUGAGGCUGUCCGCGCGGCGGCGACCAUGAGGUUCGGGGAGAACUGGCGCCAGGUCGUCCUGGUCCACCAGGCGGGGACCUUGCGCUUCGGUCCUCGCGGCGAGCUGCUCGGCGAGGAGAGCGGUGGCGCGCCUCCAGAGGCGUGA